AUGGAUUUAAAUGACGACGAGAGGUUAAAUAAUGUCUUCUGGGCAAACCCUUAUAGUAAGGCAGCCUAUGAAGAUUUCGGUGAUGUGGUUACAUUCAACACCACAUAUCUGACGAAUAGAUAUGGGAUACCAUUUGCACCAUUUGUUGGUGUAAACCACCACGAUGGUAUAGCUCCUAGAGCUAUUAUCAUAGAUCAGGAUAGAGCAAUGAAGAAUGCUAUUGCUAUUAUAUUUUCACAAAGUCGACAUCGAUUUUGUUUGUGGCAUAUCCUGAAAAAAGUCCCUGAAAAGCUUUCCUCAUAUUCUGCCUACAAAAGUGUGAUGAAAAAUACUUUGAUGAAAUGCGUGUAUGACAUCCAAAAUGUUGAAGAGUUUGAAAGCUCUUGGGAGCAGUUAAUCACCACUUACAAAUUGGAGGAGAAUAGUUGGCUCAAAAGUUUAUACACUGAGCACAAACUUGAAAGAGUUUUCAACCAGUUUGACAACGCAUUGAAGAAGAAAAUUGAGAAUGAAAAUAGAGCUGACUUUCACUCAUUUAGCGUCACCAUUCCCUGCAUAUCUAGAUUUCUGAUCGAAAAGAAGUUUCAAAAUUUAUACACAAAUGCAAAAUUCAGAAAAGUUCAGCCAGAACUGCAAUGUCUUAUAAAUUUGGCCCCAGAGUUACUUAAGAGAGAUGGUGGUGUAAAGACGUAUCUUGUAGAUGAUGAAGUUCAUGUGGAAGACUUCACUAAACUAGUUACAUAUUCAGUGGACUUUAGUGAGGUGGAUAUAGUUGCAAAGUAUUCAUAUACCGAAGACAGUUACAUGUGCGGGUUCACAGAAAGUACUCAGUCCGCUAGUAGUAAGAGGGAAAGGCAGACCACCAUCUCUGAGGAGAGCAUCGAUAAUAGAAAAAGAGAUGCGGAAAGUUAA